AUGAGGACGUCAAUGAGACCUUAAUUCCUUUUUCUCUCUUAGACGUCUCCUGUUCGAAAAUAAAGGGAUGAGUCCUGGCCAAAAAAAGGAGGGAUGUUAAGUUUGCAAUCUUGAGAGCGCUUGCUUCUAAGUUUUAGCCCGACUGCUCAGGCCUCCCAUCAUGCUGGAAUUCAACUGCUGUUGAACAUCGCCCUCCCUCCGUUUUAAGCCUACACAAAAUGUCCUGGGUGCGAGCUGCAGUUAACCAACAUGGUGAAGAUGUGUUUGAUGAAGAAGGGGAUGAGAUGGACGUUGCCCAGAAAGAAUGGAAGAGCACCAUGGAGAAACGAGUCAACGAAGGCUAUAGAGAAGGAGUUGAAGCUGGGAAACAGCUGACACUUCAACAGGGUUUUAAUCAGGGGUAUAAAGAAGCAGUAAGGACAGUGUUCUUCUGUGGCCAACUCAAAGGAACCAUAAGUGCUCUAUCUUCUUGGUGUCACCACAAUGGAUGCAAAUCCACAGUGCUCUGUGAGAUGACUGAGCUGCUGAAUGAAUUAGAAAAAUAUGAAGAGUAUAUGCUCAAGAAUCUAAACUAUACCCAACCACAGGCCUCUGUUGGAGAUUUGCUGGAAACUGUUGAGGACUUGGGCCUUGGUAAUGUGCUCUUAACUGAGGAACAAUGCAAUGGAACUACCAGUGGAAGAACCUGUGAAAAUGGCUUUGAGUUUAGUGGACAAUGUAGAAAUGACAGCAGGACUGAUUCCUUCCAAGGUGAAUGUUGUCGAAGGACAAAAGAAGGCACAGAUUCCAAAAGGCCUACCUUUGCUUGGCUGAAAGAAAGAACUGUCAGUAUAGUAGAGCAAUUAGGUUUGUCGCCAGACAUAGUUGAACAUAUCCAGCGGUUGCAAACUUAAUUCAUUGUGUGAAAUGGGAUUUAUUUGUGGAGAGUAUCUCAGAAACCUGUUGCUGAAAUGCAGGCGUCUUGCAUUCAAAUAUUCCUUAAUAAAUUGCAUGUUAUGUAUGUAGUAGGAAGAAUUCUGUGGUAGUACAUGGACACAAAUCAACUAAAAUGAUUAGGGGGUUGAAGCAACUCCCUUAUAAGGAAUGUUUACAAUAUUUGGGCUUCUUUAGCUUUUAAAAGGUGUAAGGGGAGACGUGGAAAUGUAUAAAAGUAUGCAUGGUGUGCAGUAGGAGGGUUGUUUUCCUCUUAUACCAGAAGCUGUGGUCAUCCAAUAAACCUUGAUGAUCGGAGAUUCAGGACAGAUAAAAAGAAAAAAAAUCUUCACACAGUUCAUAGCUAAACUAUGGAAUUUGCUAUCACAAGACUUAAAUUGUGUUCUGUUUUGGAAUUGGUAUUUCCUGAAUAAGCAUGCACCCUGCUUGUUCUUGUCAGAAUUAACAUGCAGGUUUGCCAAUAAAUUGAGGUUAUAGGAGAUUAGCCCAAAAAUGUUGCUUAUACAGGCCACAUGAUGCUUGCAUAGCAGAAUUUUGUCACGACACAGAUUUCUGCUUGGUUGCUUCUGCUAAUGGGUAAGCAAUGGAUAUUAAGCAAGACCCUUAGGCUGAGGCUGCAUUUCCCAUUUAUUUGGAACUAAGUCUCACUGAACAUAGUGAGAUUUGUUUCUAAGUCAGCAUGCACAGUAUCAAGCUGGAAUAGGGUGGCCAGAUGCAAAGGAAGUCAAGGCUGUAUAAAGUAUUUAUGUAGUGGAAAACCUGUGUGUUAAUUCCUACAUAAACAAGUAGUAAAUGCCUCUUCCAGCUGAGAGCCCCCUCCCUCCUGCUACCAACUGUCUCUGCAGAGGCCACCAGUGAGGGAGGAAGCAGCAGCCAGGCACCUCUCCACCGUGCCUGGGUCCAGCUCCAGCUGAGAGCCCCCUCCCUCCUGCUACCAACUGUAACUGCUGAACUUUCCAACUAAGAUUGUAGUGCCUGAGUUUGCUUUCCUUUUCCCCCUCCUCCUCCCUCCCAAUCCCCUUUCCUUUUGUGUCAUGUCUUUUAGAUUGUAAGCCUGUGGGCAGGGACUGUCAAGAAAUACUUUUGUAAGCCGCCAUAAGAGCCUUUUUUGGCUGAAUGGCGGCAUAAAAAUCCUUAAAUAAAUAAAUAAUAAUAAUAAAAAA